AUGGCCAAUCUUACGAAACUAGAGUCCGUUGCCCUUCAAAGUUUGGACAGGAACUACCUCUCAUGGGUGUUGGAUGCUGAAAUCCACCUUGAUGCAAUGGGUAUUGGAGACUCCAUAAAAGAAGAAAAUAAAGCAUCAAAGCAAAAAUGUGCACGAGCAAUAAUAUUCUUGAAUCAUCAUCUUGACGAGAUUCUGAAAAUCGAAUAUCUAACAGUUAAGGAUCCACUUGUUUUGUGGAAAAACCUAAAAGAAAGAUAUGACCACUUGAAGAUGCAAUAUCGAGAGAAAGGUUUCAAAAAGUAUUUUGAACUAAUUUCUCAUCUUCUUGUGGCUGAGCAAAAUAAUGAUUUAUUAUUGAAAAAUUAUGAAAAUCGUCCUACUGGAUCUGAACCACUUCCUGAUGUGAAUGAGGCGUACGCCCACCAUGCUAGGCGUGGAAAAGGCCGCGACCCUAAUCAUGGUAGUGAUCGUGGAUAUGGUCGUGAACGUGAUCGUGGCCAUGAUUAUGGCUCAGAACAUAAUUUUUUUCCUGGUGUUAAUCAUUCAUCAAAUAAACAGAAAAAAUGA